AUGUACCUUGCCCCUGCGGCAAUAGAUGCGAGGUUCACCCCCACAGGACACGCUCCCCAUCUCCCAGCAACACUGAUUCCUCUGGUUACGAGGCUAGUAGAUGCUGCGGAGGAUGCCAUGCUAUCAGACGCGAGUCCGGGUCUUCGCCGCAGGUGGAGAAAGCAAUCUGCACUUGCAACAAUCGGUGUGAACGUCACUCGCGCGAACCACGCCCCAUUACACCAAGCAGCAGUGGAUAUUCUAGCUCUGAAUCAGACAAAAAACGCCAUGGUGGCCGUCACUCGACAAGACGCGAGCGUCGUUCAACCAACACACGUCCCACCACUCCAACCAGCAGUGAUUUUUCAGACUACGAAUCGCCCAGAAGACGCCGCACCGGUCACCGCACCCAAAAGCGCGAACCAGAGUACCAUCCACAGGUGGAGAAAUGCCAAUGUGAGGUCCAUGCAACCCCUCUCAACACACCUGCCAUGA